AUGCAGUAUAAUCAAUAUGUGUCGUUAUGUUUGGUGGCGCUUGUUUUGGGACAAGCAACGGCGUUGCCCCAACAUCCGCAAUACCAGCAACAGGUCCAACAGCAAGUGGUGGAGGACAGAAAAUUCGCUGAGAAGCCUAAUGCCAUGAAGAAGGUCGGUCUCGAUGAUCUGCACGAAGUUGGUUCCAAUCACAUUCAGGAUGGUGGCGUCAGCAACGCGUUCUCGUGGUCGAAUAUGCUGAGCAUGAUGAUGCGGUUGUUGUUGGGUCGAAUGGCUGGCGAUAACGAUGCAAGUAAAAAUGAGAUCGAUGACGGAGUUCCAUCCAGUCCUUGGUCAAAUUUGGUCGCAGUUGGAUUCAGAGUUAUCACCGCUUUGAUUGGUGGUCCCCAGCACGCCGAUGGCGAGGGCAUCGACAAGGUUAACAACGACGCCAGCCCUAUGCAAAAUGUUUUUUUAAUUGACAUCCUUCUCGAACAGUUCAUUAGCAUUGUGGUGAAUCUUUUGGACGCAUUAAAGACAUCGUUCUCCCAUCGUUCAUUGACAGCUCGAUCCAUGGGAAGACGGGAUACCGUUUCCGAGGCUGCUGUCGCGUCUAUUACCAUGUUGAAGGGUUAUAUGAGAUCAUUGAAAACUUUUGGUAAUGUGGGACGUGCCGAGGACGAGGGUCAGCGUGGUUGUGCCGAAAGAGCCCUCUGCGAGGCGAGUGCUGAGUGCGUUAUGGAUGCCCAGGGCACGUCGUCCAUCUUUUGUCAACUCGGAUCGUAUGCAACUAGUUACCUGCUUCAGAGGCAGAGCGGAGUAGGUUUCGAGGCACUUUACGAAGCAGGUCGCCGCGGUCGCGCAGGACAGGACUGUAGAACUCUUUUCAUGGACUGCAAUGCCGUAUGAAAGGCUUGGUCUCGUCUCGAUCUAUUCAGUGCUCGAAGCUCUCGAUCGAUGAACUCGGUUCACUGAUUAGUAGACUGAUUUGGUACCGUAUUCCGAAACGAAUCGAACGAAGAAAUUGGGACUUAAUCCUGAGAAUCGAUCGACAGUUUAUUAAUUUUUUCUAGCGCUGCGGGCGUUUAUAAACGUUCGAUCAGUGCCCCAUGAGCGUUCACCGAAUAUCAUUAACAAAUGUGAUGAGUAAUCUACGCACCAAGCACGAGCUAACCCUCCACUACUUAUAACAGAAAGGAUUAAUUUAUGAUUUUCACUUUACCUAUUACGAUACAUUAAUUGUUGAGAAAUGGGAAAAUACUGUUCUAAAUAUUUGAGACAGUGGGAAACGUACGAGCUUGUUCGAUUAGUUUAAUGUUGUGGAAGGUAUUUUUAAAGAACGAUUAUUCCAUUACAAUUUUUCGAACUUAGAAUUCCCAGUUAGUUCGUGUCACUUUAUAUUUUUAUUUAUUACAUUGACAAGAUUCAUCAUUUGCGUAAAAAAAAGCAGAAAUUAGAAUGCAUUUCAACAAAAUAAAUUCUAAUCGAUACAUUCGAUUUAUUUGAACGUUGACACUGAUCGAGACACGACCUAGUGGGUCGGUAGCACGUUACACGGAAGAACCCGAAGUGCUCCGACUACACACGAAUGCCUCAGAUGCCCGAGAGGCUUGAAAGAAUUGAGAUCCCGCUUAGUAUUCAGGUAGUAAGCAGUGUCGAAUAUUCAGCGCUGCCUCGUCUUGUAUUUUUCGAACGGUUUUAAUUUAUUAAUAAUACAUAGAUUUAUUUAAUCUUGCCGGAACUCGCAGUGUCUGUGGGAAUUUCGAGGUUCUCCAUAAUCACCGACGAUUUGUCCCACGAGAGGAAGAGCUCGCUAGGAAGAAAUAAAGAUUUAGAGAUACGAGAUCGCGAACAAGUGCAUACGCAAGUGGAACAGGAAACGCUUGUCGUAGAAGUAGACCAGAGAUGGGCAAAAUUUUAAUCGAAUAAUAGAUAAUCAACAAGACCAUCGUGUAGAACUAUAAUUAAAUACUAUAAUGGAAAUUUUAAUUUUCAUUCAAUGAGUGACGAAUCAACUGUUAUUCAAGAUUUUUAUCUGCAGAAGAAUUUCGCCCAUCUCUGGCAAACUGAACGAGAUUCGAGGCUUGAACAAACCGUGAACCGGUGUUGGAACAAGCCUCGACGAUUAUGAAUAUUUAUUUACGUUCAUCGAACCUAGAUUUAACGCGUACUUGAGGUUAAAUUAACUACGGCGUGAAGGGAGACCAAACUUCUAUCCUUAAUUAAGAAAAUUGCAGAGAUGGAUAAAUUUCUUAUUUUAAUAAAAAUGUCUAAUAACGAAUAAAAGUUUAUCUUUAUAACUGUCCGAUGAUAUAGGUAUAUAUUAUAUAAAUCAUUAUAUGAUCAUUCUAAUAAAAUUUUGUCCAUCUCUGGAAAACUACUGGAUGAUUUUAAUUCUCCCUUCGUUUCGAGUUGAUUAUCUCGAUUCUAUUUUAUCGCACGCAACAUUUUGCUUCGUAUAACCGUGUAUUAUACGAAUCGUUGUUGUUCCAAAGGAACAAUACGAUCGUUAAUAGGUUCAUCAGCACCUACACCCCUUAUUUUAAAAACAGGAGCCCUUUGGAAGGUUAAACAAAGUUUAU